GCGUCUGUGAGUUGUAAAAACCCAGCCGGCUUGGGCUCCUGUAUAAAUAGCCCAGCCCGCACCCCAGCUGUGAGGACUGAAAGGCUGCACUCCUUGCAAGCACCAGGUGUCCACCCAGCUGACGCCAUGAGAAUCCACAGCCUUGUCCUGCUCUCCUUCCUUCUCCUGGCUGCUCAGGUGCUCUCUGAAAAGGUCAGAAAGAGAGCCAAGAAUGCACCACAUAGCACAGGCGAAGAGGGGACAUCUGCCUCCUUGGGCAAGGCCCAGAACAAGCAGAGAAGCAGGACAUCCAAGUCUAUGACCCACGGCAAGUUUGUCACCAAAGACCAAGCCACGUGCAGAUGGGCUGUGACUGAGGAGGAGCUGGGUGUCAGCCUGAAGGUCCAGUGCACUCAAGCCAAUCAGGAGAUUUUCUGUGUUUUCGCUGGUGAUCCAACAGGCUGCCUUAAACAUGAGAAAGAACAGACCUACUGGAAACAAGUUGCCCGCGCUCUGCGCAAACAGAAGAACAUCUGUGGGAACUCCAAGAGUGUCCUGAAGACCAGAGUGUGCAGAAAGAAAUUUCCAGAGUCUAACCUCAAGCUGGUAAACCCUAAUGCACAUGGGAACAUGAAUCCCAGAAAGGAGAAAGCUGAGGUCUCCCCAAGGGAGCACAGCAAGGUCCAAGAAGCUUCCUCCACGGAGCCGAACAAGGUCAAAGAGGACACCUCCCCCAGUCCAGCUGUGACCCAGACCUCGGCCGUCAAACACCGAGAGUGUCAGGAGGACCCAGAUGUGCUCAUGCAGAGGAAGACCGCCCUGGAAUUCUGUGGUGAAUCUUGGAGCUCCCUCUGCACAUUCUUCCUUAACAUGUUACAGUCCACAUCAUGCUAACGAAGCCAGAGGGAUCAGCCUAAGACAUGCAAUGUCAGAGUCCUGCUGUCUGCUGGAAACUUCCUGAGUUUCCCUCAAGAUACAGACAUUUGUGCUAUGAGAACAAAGUGAAGUAUUUAAACAGUUUUGUAAAAUUUUGUUUUUGUGUUGUAGAGUUUGCUUUAUUUUUUUUUUCCAUAUCCUUGGAUAUGCUUUUCAGAGACUCUUUACCUCAGUGUAUUCUUCAAUGGACCAUAAACCAAGUUGCCUAUGAGCAAUGGAUAAAUCCAAGUGAUAAUUUCCAUGUACAGAAUUUUUGGCUGUAUUUACCAGGAUAAUAAAGUUCUGGGACAUUCUCAAAAAUACCACCAAUGACUAUUUUCUUUUUAUACUUGUUCUGAAAGAGACUGUGUGUGGUCCCAUUGUCAACAAGCUUCCAGAUGUGAAUAGAUGAAAUAUGUAAGGUUGACUUCAGGGUCCACCCACCCAAAGUUCUCUCCUGAGAUAAUCCAUCCCAUAUUUUCUCUGUAUCCACUGUCCUGUAUUGUUUGAUGUUUAUUGA